GAUCGGUAUAACAUUUCGUUUGUUGUUAAUUGAGUGUGGAAUACAAUACUCAAUACAAAAUACAUUAACAAUUUUUCAUAAAAAAAAUCAACAAAAAACAAAACAAAAGCCCAAAAUUUACUCAAGCCUCUCAAGCUAGUUUAAUUUGGAUAAAUUUUCACUCUGUUUCUGCACAUCUAUAGUUGAGUAAUUUGAUUUAGAUUUAGGUGGCAUGUCCUGCAAUUCGUGUCCACCCUUUGCUGCCUAUAAGUUUCCAUCCUGUUUUCAGCGAUACGGCGGCGUCUCCAACAACAAGAAUCCCGGCAAUGUCCAAACGCUGCACAGCCUCGCCCACAAUGUGAUGCCGAAAUUCUAUGAUGGCAUCGAGCUCGACUACUAUCAUCGACUGGCGCCAAACAAAUUCAUAUCGGCCGCCUGGGUCCUGAGUCAUGUGAGACCCGCAGGCUUUCGCUUUGGGGGCCUCUACACGUUUCGUAUGGUCGAUGAUUUCAUGCUAACGCCAACAAUUGUCGGCGACAUACAUCCCACCACAUUGGCCGCCAAUUUGAACCUCCUUUACUAUCCAUUCAAGCCACUGCGCCUGGAGGCUGUCUUCCAAAAGGCCGGCGAGGCCUCGCCCGUGGAGACGCAAUAUACAAUCGAGUGGACACGUCCCUGCGACACCUGGACAACAAAUUUGUACAAUGUGCGAAACGAGACUGGACGUUGCACUUCGUCGGUAAUGCGUUCCAUUUCCCAGCACUGGGCAAUCGGCUGCGAACUACUGGUAGAGUGGAAUGAGCCAAAGAAAGUAAUGUCAGACUUGGCAUUUGCUGCACGCUACUCCCACCAUCAUUAUUCCUUUGCGGCAACAGUUUCGCGUCAGGGCCUGGACGUUAGCUAUUGGCAGCGAAUCCAUCCGCAAAUCCAGAUGGCGAAUUUGUUGGCCUGGAAUCGCAAUACACGCAAAACAAUCGCAACCAUAUGCUAUCAAUGGAACUUUUGGAACUGCGCCGUGCAUGGCAUGAUCGACUCUGAUGCGCUAGUUGGCUUCAUGUGGACCAAAUAUCUUUCGCACAUACCACUGCAGAUGGGCUUCAGUGUGGUAAUGAGUCUGCCCACAGAUCGCUUUGCGUUCGGAAUGCGAUUUGUGCUUGAUCCGAGCGGUUUAAGACGCGGAGACUGACAUGUUUUUAUUUGAAAUGUUGAAAUUAUAUUUUUUACCAAAUUCUCUGAGAAAUGUCGUGUAUACAAUUUAAGAAAUGUUUGGUGUUCAAUCA